UUUGCUUAAAAAUCUAAUAGCUUUUCAUGAUUUUGAAGGGAUCCUACUUUUGUAAAGUUCCCUUUUCUGCGUUUUUUAGCAAUAAAGUUGUAUGAACAAAAAGCAACUAAAUUUUUCGUGAUUUUCUUAUUUUCAAUUAAGUAGCUGGAUUGGGAAAUUUUCCUUAUUCAGUGUUGUUUUCUCUUUUGUUAUUUUGUUUAUUUUCUCUUCUUCUUUUAAGCGAUGAGCAAGACAAAAAGUUUUGAUUUUGAUUUUGUUUUAAAAGAAUGUGAAGAGAAUUGAAGAACCCUAUUCUGAUCUCUCGGUAGGACAGUUAGUUAUAUUCGAUCUGCGAUUCGUUGAUUCAGAAUUAUAAUAUUCCUGGAAAACUCUGGAACAAGUCUCAUACUCUGACCAAGAUGCAGCUCAAGGUCCCUGAACAUCAGGUUGCAGGACACAUUGCUAAAGACGGGAAGCCCGGCCCCCUUGUAGAUGACAAGGGUCGUUUCUUCAAGCCACUUCAAGGCGAUUCUCGUGGUGAAAACGAGGUUAAGUUCUACGAAUCUUUCUCAACAAACACCGAGGUUCCAGAUCACAUCCGCAGAUAUUUCCCUGCGUAUCACGGCACUCAAGCAGUUGAGGGAUCUGAUGGAGCAGCCAUGAUUGUGUUGGAAAAUCUUCUUGCCGACUACUCAAAACCAUCAGUAAUGGAUGUUAAGAUGGGUUCAAGAACAUGGUACCCUGAUGCAUCUGAAGAAUACAUCCAAAAAUGUUUGAAGAAAGACACUGGUACCACAACUGUGUCAUCUGGUUUCAGGAUCUCUGGGUUUGAGGUGUAUGAUCACAAAGAGUUGAGUUUCUGGAAGCCCGAGAGGAAGCUUCUUCGUGGGCUCACUGUUGAUGGAGCGAGAUUGACUCUGAGGAAGUUUGUAUCAUCGAACUCACUUUCAGACAUGGGUUCAAAACCUGACUCUGCUUUUGUGUCUAGUGUUUACGGCAGUUCCAAAGGGGUAUUAACACAGUUGUUGGAGCUCAAGGCCUGGUUUGAGAACCAAACGCUCUACCAUUUCAACUCUUGUUCGAUACUAAUGGUCUAUGAGAAUGAAUCAAUCUUAAAGGGAAAUGAUGAUGAUGCUCGACCACAAGUGAAGCUGGUGGAUUUUGCUCAUGUUCUUGAUGGUAAUGGUGUCAUUGACCAUAACUUCUUAGGUGGUCUAUGUUCUUUCAUAAACUUCAUUCGUGAUAUUCUUCAGAGCCCAGAUGAGUCUGCAGAAUCUUAGAUUAAGUUAUCUUCUUCUUUUUUGGUAUUUUAUUUUGAUUGGCUGAUUCCAAAUUUUUGGAUAUAAACUCUUCUUUGUGUACUUGGAUAUCUAAAGAGCAUACAUUCGUACUCUUAUCUCA